CUUCCACACUUCAAAUGUCAAUAAACAAACAGUAGGGUUAUGUUUGUUGUCAAUUGAUUUAAAAAAUGGUAGAAGAUACCUCAAACAGCAGCAAUAAACCCAAAGCAAAAGAACGUCCAAAGUCGGUCUACUCCUGGACAGUAUUCGACGUACAAAAGUGGUUAAGGAGGCACUGCAGCGACUACUAUCAAACGUACGGCAAUCUCUUCCAAGGGCACGAAAUUUCAGGCAGGGCUCUGCUACGCCUAAAUGACAAUUCUCUGCUUCGUCUUGGCAUAAUCGAUGCUAAGCACCGAGAGGCAAUCUGGCGGGAAAUUUUAAAAUUAAGACUGAAAACGGACAUUAUGGAGAUUCGCGACCUACAAAUUAGGGAUGUUUACAAUAUGUCAUAUGACUUCUACAUAGCUUAAUAAACUACUAGUCGAUUUUUAAUGUUUUAAUUACAAACAACGAAAUAAAUUAAAGUAAUACUGAAA